GAAAUGAAAGCCAGUGAAUCAAAAAGAAACAAUACUAUUUUUAUUUUUUUUAACUUUUCAGAGAAAAUGUUACGCCUUCUUGCUUUUUUCACCGUGGUUGGACUUGGUUCCAGCUUAAGAGACGAUUCCUGCAGGGAUUACUUGUACAGUGAGUGCAAGAUGCCUGUUCCAGUUUCUGAAGUUCAUGCAUUAACUAUUGAAGAGUGCAAGGCUACAUGUGAUGUGUUUGCUUCCUUUAAUCAGUGCUCCUUCUUUUCCUUUAACAAUCCGGCUGCAGUUGAUGAAAAUUGCAAGAUUUUCGCGGAUGAGACAAUUGAGGAGUUUUUGGCCGGUUGCAACCUUCGUGGACAGCCUUUGAAGGAUUCUCUAGGAAACUGUUUCUAUAACGGGGCUACUUGUCCUGGAUCUUGUGUCAACUGUAAUCCCUGUACAAACAACCCCUGCAAGGGUUAUCUCGAGAUUGAUUGCCAGAAUGUUGGAAACGGAAACCCUGAAGAGUCCCAGAAUAACUUACCUGAAGAGGGCUGCAGACAAUUUUGUUUUAAUCUGAUGAAUUCUUCAAAACUGACCUUCUUGACUUUCUUGAAGGAGGAAGAGGUUUGCAACUGCUUUCAAUCAGGAGAGAGAAACUGCAAAACCCAGAUUCUAACCUUUGAUACAGAUAUCACAUGUGUUCCUUAAUCAGGUGUAUACUGUAUAGGUUAUGGACGAAGCUUGUUUUAGUUGUAAAUUUUCUGAAAUAAAGUGAUUUUAGAUUUUU